UCUUCCGUUUUACAACACUGUCUUCGUCUGUGCAUUUGUUGCUUGCUGUUGAAUUUUAAGCGUCGCAGCGCAGUUCAACACAAAGAUGGCCAAACAACCGCAGGAAUCAGUAACAGUCACUCUACCCGCUGUGCCACUGGGAUAUUGUAAAUUGGGCACACAGGUCGCUGGCCAUACAUUCGAGGCGAGCAAUGCGGCGGCUAUCGGACUGCUGCAGGACGCGGGCGAGGGAAAAGUGUUCAAGCCGUUGGGUAAACCGGAGUGCGGUGAGCGCGAGAUUAACUUUUAUGAGUCACUGGCGGCGGCUAUUGCAGCAACGAGUGCAACUGGCAAUGACCUCAACGGCCGAGGUGACAGUAACCUUACGGAUUUGGCAACGUUAGCUGCAUUAGCGCCGCACGUGCCUCGCUACUAUGGGCAGCAAAAACUGUUUGUGAAUCAGCGCCAGCAUACAUUUCUCAAGCUGGAAGAUCUGACGCAUGGAAUGAGCAAGCCAUGUGUAAUGGACGUUAAAGUUGGACGUCGCACCUGGGAUCCAUUGUCUUCCGCACAUAAGCGUGCCAUCGAGGAACAAAAAUAUGUGAUUUGCAAACAGCAACUAGGUCUCUGUCUGCCCGGAUUUCAAGUCUAUACACCGCAGCUAGUACGUCAGGGACGUGAUUAUGGCAAGGCAUUGGAUGUAGCGGGAUUCCGCCAGGCUCUGGCGCUAUUCUUCAAUAGCAGCCAUAGUAGCAGCGAAACGGUGUUGCGGGAGGUGCUGCGCCAGCUGUGUGGCAUACGCGCCUGGUUCAAGCGACAACGUCUGCUACACUUCUACGCCAGCUCGCUGCUCAUCUGCUAUGACUAUGAGCAACUGCAUCAUGUGAAACAAAGCGCCACGCAUCUAACCAAUGGGCAUCAGCUAGAGCAGCGGCCCGCGCCGCCCGUGGAUCAGUGGGUGCAUGUGCGCUGCAUUGAUUUCGCGCACAUCUUUCCAGCCAAAGAUGCUGAGCCCGAUCAGAACUAUAUGUUUGGACUGCAAAGUCUAAUAGACAUUGUGGAGUCUAUGCUGCAGCGAUAGCAGCGGACCAAGGAAUUUAUCCAACAGUCGUACUAUGGUUAACACUAAUUUUGUAUUAACACUAAGCCAAAAGUCCACAGCAGAGCUGUUAUUCUAAAUAUGAACCAACACCAUUUAGCAUUUCGUUUAGAGUACAGUGGAAGCUCCAUAAAGAACACAAUCAAUGUAAUAUAUAUAUAUAUAUUUUAUGUGCAGCUUUCACUGUGACUGUAAAGCACCAUUGCUCAGUUAUUAUCUCCUAUAUCUCGUAGGCGUUGUAAGUAGUAUUACCCAACAAAAUUCGGAACAAAAACCUCAUUUAAUUGCGCAAUUGAUUGCGUUUUAUUAAAGUAUUUACUAACUACAAAUGCAGUGUCCUUCAAGCGAAUAUCUUGAAAAAAAUAUAUGU